UUAGAAUUUUCUCCUCUACUAUUUUCCAUGUUUUGCAUUUAUUAGGUCACUAGGGUUUAUUUCUCCCCUUCUUCACGGUCUCUUUUAUUCGACUUCCAAUUGCAGAAUUUCGUAAUUCUCCAGGUGCGAAGGAUGCCAGAUACUCAAGCCCUUGUUAGUGAGUUUGUUUUGAAGCUUAAACGCCGUAAAGUCGAGGGUUCCCAUGCUACGGCUAGACAGACAGCUGAACUGCUUCGCUCAGUGAUAUCUCAGCAGAGGAUUCCACACACGAAUCAAGCUGCACACCUGAUUGAGGCUGUGAAGGUUGUCGGUGAGCAGCUAAUAUCUGCAAAUCCUGUUGAGCUUGCUGUUGGUAACAUUGUGAGACGUGUCUUGCAUAUCAUCAAAGAGGAAGAUCUUUCUCUUGCAACCACUGCAGUUGGGGGCUUGGCUUUAUCUGCUGACAGUGAUGAUGAUGAGGAUGCUGAGAGAGACGAUCGCACACUACUGUCUGCUACAGCAGUUGCUGCAGCUUCCAGAAGCACUCUGCGUGCACCUGCGUUGCAUACUCUUCUCGAGGAUAUACCUGAUUCAGCAGCUGCUCCCCAUACUCCUUCUUCAGGGGGUGAAUCUGAAGGAAAAAGCAAAUCAGCUGAUAAGAGUGUAAGGAGCCGGAAGCUAAAGCAUGACGUUAUCGAAGCUAUUAAUGAACUUCUUGAAGACAUUGAUACGUGCCAUGAGCAGAUUGCUGAACAAGCAGUGGAGCAUAUCCAUCAAAAUGAGGUCAUAUUAACACUGGGCCGUUCGCGAACUGUGAUGGAGUUUCUUUGUGCUGCAAAGGAGAAAAAACGUUCUUUCCGAGUAUUUGUAGCGGAAGGUGCUCCAAGGUAUCAGGGCCAUGUUCUUGCAAAAGAGCUGGUUGCUAGAGGUUUACAAACCACAGUAAUCACUGAUUCCGCAGUUUUUGCGAUGAUUUCCCGAGUAAAUAUGGUAAUUGUUGGAGCCCAUGCUAUCAUGGCCAAUGGAGGGGUUAUAGCACCUGUUGGGUUGAACAUGGUUGCACUUGCCGCCCAAAGACAUGCUGUCCCAUUUGUCGUAGUUGCUGGCAGUCACAAGUCGUGCCCUUUGUACCCUCACAAUCCAGAGGUCUUACUGAAUGAUCUAAGAUCACCAUCUGAGUUGCUAGAUUUUGGGGAGUUCUCAGAUUGCAUGGACUAUGGAAUAGGCAGUGGUGCUCCUCUUCAUGUGGUCAACCCUGCAUUUGAUUAUGUGCCACCAAAGCUUGUCAGUUUAUUCAUCACCGACAUAGGAGGACAUAACCCGUCAUAUAUGUACCGUCUCAUUGCCGACUAUUACUCCGCUGAUGACUUUGUGGUGCAAAGGAGGACAGCUUUAGGAAGUUAGAUUGAAGUCUCUUUAUCUUGGCCUGGGUAGGGGUAAGCUGCUUUCUACUGGUUCCAGUACUCGAGUCUCUCUCUAUGUAGACAUUAUCAAAUUUUCUGACAUGUUGUUUGCAUUUUAGGUAAACACAAUGUAACGGACUGCGAAAGUACUAGAAAGUUGAAUGUGAAAUGAGUGUUGUGUCAUUGUAUGGUAGUGGGCAUGGCCUUCAUUUUCCCAUAAGUAUAGGUCCAAAAAAAAUAUAUGGAAAACCAACAGAAAAAAACCACAGUGAAGCUUAAGUCAUGCUGAAAAGAAUGGUUGUUUCAGCCAUUGCAUCUAAUAUACAUUGAUUUUAAAUCCUUCUUGCUGAAAUUAUUGAAGGAAUCUUUCUCCAAAAA